GGGCGGGCCUGUGGCUAGGGAAGGAGGAGGAGUAGGGCGCUGUAUCACUCGGAGCACAGGAACAAAGAAUCUGCCCGGGAUUCCUGCAUCCAUCCGUCUGCCAAGUCGCCAGUCUGUGUCUGUGGAUCUUGUUGUACCGGAAGGCCAAUCCGACCCAAGAGCAGGAAGAAGAGGAACAUUGUCCAGAAACAAGUGCUGCUGUAUCUGCAGUUGCUGAAGAGCCUGACAACUAUAGCUAAAGAUUCCAUCCAGGCUUCAGAUAAUUCUGAGCCACAGCAAGCCUGCUGUGCCUGGGUUAAAAAUUCGGCCCAGACAUUCGGCUCAGACAUUAGCCCCAGUAUGGGUCGAACUCGGGAGGCUGGCUGUGUGGCUGCUGGUGUGGUGAUAGGGGCUGGUGCCUGCUACUGCGUAUACAAACUGACCUGGGGAAGAGAUGACAGCGAGAAAAUCUGGGACUACAACGAUGAUGACGAAGAUGAGGAAUCUUGUGAUAUUACAGAAAUCGGGGUGGAGACUGAGAAAGGAGCUAAUACUGCAGUGGGGGGCAGAGCUAGAUUUCAGGGUGACUCAAAGGCCAAAGUUGAAGUGGGCAUGGAACUCAAGAGUGGUCCAGAUAUAAAAGUGGAAGCCCACUCAGGAACCCAGAGAGGAGGUGGCCUAGAGGCCAAGGCCAAGGCCCUUUUCAGCACGCUGAAGGAACAGGCAAGUGCAAAGGCAGGCAAAGGGGCCAGGUUUGGUACCAUCUCUGGGACCAGGACUCUUGCAUCGAGUUUACCCUGCCCAGGAGGCAGGGGUGGAGGCUGCCACCCCACCAGGAGUGGGGCUAGGGCUAGGAGCAGGGCAAGUGGAAAGUCCAAGGGAAGGGUCCAAGCUAAGAGCACCAGAACUCCAGCUACAACAUGGCCUGUUCGCAGGGGCAAGUUCAACUUUCCCUAUAAAAUUGAUGAUAUUUUAGGUGCUACAGACCUUCAAAAGGUCCUUAACAUCCUGGAAAGAACAAAUGAUCCUUUUAUUCAAGAAGUAGCCUUGGUCACUCUCGGUAACAAUGCAGCAUAUUCAUUUAACCAAAAUGCCAUUCGUGAAUUGGGUGGUCUCCCAAUUAUUGCAAAACUGAUAAAAACGAAAGAUCCCAUUAUUAGGGAAAAGGCUUACAAUGCUCUUAAUAACUUGAGUGUGAAUGCUGAAAAUCAGGGCAAGAUUAAGACAUAUAUCAGUCAAGUGUGUGAUGACACCAUGAUUUGUUGCUUGGACUCAGCUGUGCAGAUGGCUGGACUAAGACUGUUAACCAACAUGACUGUGACUAAUCAUUACCAAAAUUUACUUUCCUAUUCUUUUCCAGACUUUUUUGCUUUGUUAUUCCUGGGAAAUUACUUCACCAAGAUUCAGAUUAUGAAACUACUUAUAAACUUUACUGAAAAUCCAGCCAUGACAAGAGAGCUGGUCAGUUGUAAAGUACCAUCAGAAUUGAUUUCCCUCUUUAAUAAAGAAUGGGACAGAGAGAUUCUUCUUAAUAUCCUAACUCUAUUUGAGAAUAUAAAUGAUAACAUAAAAACUGAAGGGCUUGCAUUGUCCAGGAAAGAGUUCAGCAGAAGUUCACUUUUUUUCUUAUUUAAAGAAUCUGGCGUGUGUGUUAAAAAAAUUAAAGCAUUAGCAAAUCACAGUGAUCUGGUGGUGAAAGUAAAAGUUCUCAAAGUAUUGACCAAACUCUAAUCAGGGGUCUGUCUCAAAUAAUAUUGAGAUAUGUUUUUUAAGUUUGCACUUGGGAACAAUACACUUUACAAAUUCUUUGUUUUUCACUGUGCUUAUAUGGCAUAGAGAUACUUUCAGCUGCUAUUUUGGAAUAAUGAAUAUCACAGAUCAAUAGUAAUGCUGGCUGUGAUGGUUGGUUUUAGGCUGGACCAUUUUGAGGAUGCCAAAUGAAUACUAAAGCUUGUAAGAACAAAGCACUUAGUUGAUUCCAUCUUGCUACCUAGAUUGAGAUAUUUUUACUCUUUAUCUAAACUGACAGCAAACUAAUCAUAAAUA